GCAAGUGAAAGAAAAAAGACCUAUGACAAUUUCGACAUUCAAGUAAAAUCUCAGUUGAUGCCCAAUUCUCGUAGGAGUAGGAAGUGAGUCCUCCGAUAAAAAGAAACUUUGUACUGGAUCUUUUAAUGAGGACAACCAUGGUACAUUGAACAUAUCUUCAACCAUUAAAAAAGUGCUCAACUCUUAAAAAAGAAAACUUUAAAUAAUUUUAGUAAAAAAACAUUAAUUUGUGGAAAGUGAUUUUCUGUACAAAGGGUGCAAGUGAUUUGUGAAGAAAAAACUAUAAAGUGGUCUUAGUGUUUGCUCAAAAGAUUACUGCUGUAAAAAAAAACAAUUAAGGAUGCACAGUUGGGAGGUAAUACAGCAACCCAUCAACUACGAUCAUCACUGGUAUGGGAAUGUACCCAUAAAGAGGGAAUCACCAGAUAUUGCAACAUAUACUGGGCAGAACACAACAAUGGGGCACGAAUCCAGCGCAAGUUCACCAACCAGUAUGCACAGUGAGGAGUCAUCCCAUCAUGGCAAUCAAUCCGUUUAUGGAGAAAUUCAUGCUGCUACAUCACUUCAUAUGUCACAGAUGCGGCAACCAGGUUUCAAUCCCUUGACCCCACCUGGAUACCCCAGUGCUGUGAUCCCACCUAACAGUACGAAUCAGCCUGCAGUUCGACAGAACAAUGAGUCCCCGACCAGGAGUUUCUUGAGCACUGAAGGGACAUACCCAUUACUAAACAACCUGACGCCCACCAAUAGUCCCCCAAUGAACGUGACGCCACCCAAAUCACCCAAAAAUACCAAACACAUUGAGGAUGGUUCGGAUAAUACGGACGCCAACUGUGACAUGGACGAUGAGACUCGAUCCAAUUGCAGUGAUGUCGAUGAUGACGCCAUAAGGACACCAAAAGUUAAUUCUCACGGAAAGGUCAAGACGUACCGAUGCAAGCAGUGCGAUUUCUAUGCUAUAACCAAAGUGGACUUCUGGGAACAUAGUCGAAAUCACAUGAAACCCGAACGGAUCCUAACUUGCCACCUGUGUCCAUUUGUCACAGAGUACAAACACCAUCUCGAGUACCAUCUGCACAAGCACUUGGGCUCCAAACCGUUCAAAUGCGAACAGUGUGAUUAUAGUUGCGUGAACAAAUCCAUGCUCAAUUCACAUCUCAAGUCACAUAGCAAUAUCUAUCAGUACCGAUGUGCAACAUGUAAGUAUGCCACCAAGUACUGCCACUCUCUGAAACUCCACCUCAGGAAGUAUCGCCAUCAACCAGCUAUGGUGCUCAAUUCAGAUGGAACACCCAAUCCACUGCCAAUCAUUGAUGUAUAUGGAACUAGGAGGGGUCCUAGAACCAGAAAGUCACCCAAAGGUACUAAGUCCAAAACCCCACCUACUAGUCCAUCAACGCAGAACAAGACUCAGGCUACUAGUCCUUUGGCUGCUAUGGCAUCGGGACUGUUACCCAAUUUCGCCAAUAUGCUCCAAAAUGGAAGUAUGCCUCUUAUUCCGUACCUUAACUUUCAACAAAUUCUUGCCAUGCAGCAACUUUCCCAAAUCUCUCCGUCCAUGCGGAAUAGCGAUGAACACUCACGAGACAUGGAUACUACGGAAGACACUAAACCCAACCAACCUGAGUUGAACCUUCUGGCUUCGACUGCCCUAGAUCUUACUCAACAAUCUUGCAGAGCGAGUAGUACUGAUCGAGAAUCACUUGUCGAAGAGGACAAAAAGUCUCACUCAUCCCCAGCCAGUUCGACUUCAUCCCAAUCUGGAAAGAAUAAACGAAAGGGUCGAGCAGUUAGGUUGGAUCUCACCAAAGUUGCCCCUAACGAUGAGCAAGAAAUCAAAGUGGACACGGAAGAAAAUACUGAAGAGACACGAGAUGAAGAAAUGCUCCCACCUCAGUCACCCAUUGAAGACUUGUCUAGCAGGAAGGUAUCCCAAGUGUAUGAAUGUAAAUUUUGUGAUAUCACCUUCAAGGAUGCUGUUCUAUACACCAUCCACAUGGGAUACCAUGGCUACAAUGACGUCUUCCAGUGCAACAUGUGUGGAGAGAAGAGUGACGAUCGUGUGGCAUUCUUCCUCCAUAUCGCGAGAAAUCCUCAUUCCUAAUCUCUGGAAGCCAUUUCCCGAUUUUUUCCACGACACCAAAAAAAGGGGGAGGUGCUUUAGUUCCUCCCUAAACUAAAGUAUAAAACACUGUCCCAAUACGAUAAUCGUAUUUUAAAGUGAAGGGAGAUUGAAACAAACCUCCUGUGCGCUAUAAAUACACUACCACAACUUUGCAGAGAAUGUAACAUUUAUAUAUAUUUAAAAAAAAAACUAGACAAUAAUCCGAUUCAUAAAACAUCAACGAUUCCAUUCGUUCUCCCCUCGCUGUUUUAUGAAAUCACCGAGAUUAGGGUGUGUUUUUACAUUUCAUAAAAAUGAAAGAUGAAUAUUCUUUCACACAAAUACUUAUUUUUGUAGAGUUACAAAAUACAUUAUUUGUAACUAAAUAGAAUGAUAUAUAAAAUAUUCAGUAAAAAUGUUAUAGAAAAGUGUAAUUGUAAUUGAGAAGUAUUUCAAAAUUCCAUAGUCGAAUUCUAUCGUCGAGACUCAUACCAUCCAUUCAAUAAUUUGAUAAAUGAUCUGAAGAUAUUGUAAAUGAAAGCUGUUGUGUAUGAUAAAAUAAAAUUCGGUCAGUUAAAAAACAUAUUGUUAAAGAGAUAAAAUAUAACAUCAUUAUUCUCAUAGAAAUUCAUUCGUUUGUUUGUUGAGACUUUUUUUGCGUAUCGGACAAAUUAUCCAGUCCUAGUUUUACUAUUUAAGAGCGUUAAAAAUUUUAUGGAAAAGAUUUUUCCAAGCUUCUUUUUCAUUGUAAUCAUUUGGGCACACAGUUAAGUGAUACAGUACUCACUCUAUAUUGCAUUGCAAGUGUUUCAAGUUCGUUUCUCCCUAUAGAUCAUCGAAAAAUUUCUAUCAUUGAUAGUGUUUGAAUAGUAUUCACAGAACUUCAAAGAAAUAUGGACCAGAUAAAUUUGAGAAAAGAUUUAGUUCCUCUAAAUUGUUGUUCCCUGUUAGUUAUUAUUCUUAUAUACUCCCAUUAUUUAUGAACAACAAGUGGUUUCUGUACUAACGGCCUCUACACAAUAGAAAAAUUUAUGUCCUUGAAGCAAAGUCCCUACGCUUGUGCAGGAAAAAAAUCUUCAAUAUGGACAUAAAUUUCUCUAGUGUGUAGAGGCUAUAAGUACAAAAACCAACUUUUGGUCGAAAUUUUGUUUUAUAUUUAAAUACUUUACAUUUUUCACUUAACGUUGAUUUUGUGUGAAAAUUGCACCCAAAAUACGUCUCAAAGCCAGUGCCAUACUUAAUCUGAUACCCGUGAAAACUAGCUAUGUCUAAUGUGCAAGAAUAACAUCUAACAUGGUUUUAUAAAAAAAAAUGAUCUUCCUAAAAUCUUUCAUUACGUUUCAUUGAGUUCAAACGUUCAAAAUUUUAAAUCAAAACUGCAUUACAUUUUCUCUUCACUUUUAAUAUUUGCAAUGAAACAUUUAAAUAAAUUUCCUGAUCAAAGUCAUAGCCAUUCUUUAAAUUUUGGGAUCUGAACACUACGUUUUUAUAUGGAAAUACUCCAUGUUUAUGAAAGUAGUAAAGACAUGAGAAACUUAUAUUUUGAAAAUACUAGAACUUUGUUACAAUUUUCACGGUGAUUUAUACUUUCACUUCUUUAAUUCUUGUAGAAUAAGUGGGCCAAAAUACUUGGUUUUACAGAGAGCAAGGUAAUCAACACAAUUUUAAAAAUUUUGAAUCAAAAUAUCUUAUUCCAUACACGAUUUUUUCGGAUUAUUUAUCAAAUUAUUAAUGCUAUAUGAACGUCACGUAAUUCGACAAAAUUGAGAACUUUCCCGUCACUAUUUGUCCAAAAAAUAAUAAAGACAACAAAAAAAAAUAGUCAAAACCAAAUUCAAAUCAGGAAUUUCAGAAAUUUCCACAAAAAAAAAACUAUUUGUAGAAAAAAAAUAUUGAGUUGUGCAAUAAAUUGCCAAUAAGACGAUAUUUUUGUAAAACAUUUAAAUAAUAAAUCUUACUGUAUUAGGAGUUAGAAGAAAAUGAGAGUAAUAUAU